UCUACCCCGAUCCUCUGUCCUCCUCCCCGGCCCUCACUCGGCCGUGUCGGCGCUUCGUCUGCAGUCUGCUGACCAUGUCAUCAUAAAAGAUGGACCACGCAUCGCUGUGAGCCAGAUCCGCUGCUCCAUCUACGCAUUAGUUAAACAGGCGAUCAGCCGAGGACGCGGAGGAGCUCAGAAUGAUGUCCUCCUACUACCACCCGGCCAAGGAAGCAGACAUGGCGGCCCUGACGGAGCCGCUCUGCCUGGAGAGAGAUGUGUGCAGGGUGAUCGAGCUGCUGGAUCGGCUGCAGCGGAGCGGAGAGCUACCUCCUCCCAAACUGCAGGCCCUGCAGAGAGUCCUUCAGAGCAAGUUCUGUGCUGCCAUCAGAGAGGUUUAUGAGCAGCUGUAUGACACUCUAGACAUAGUUGGAGGACCGGAGGUGCGAGCACAGGCAACUGCCAAGGCCACAGUGGCAGCCUUUGCAGCCAGCGAGGGCCACGCCCACCCAAGGGUGGUGGAGCUGCCCAAGACAGAAGAGGGUCUGGGCUUUAACAUCAUGGGGGGCAAAGAGCAGAACUCCCCAAUCUACAUCUCCAGAGUGAUCCCUGGGGGUGUGGCCGACCGCCAAGGAGGGCUGAAGAGGGGAGACCAGCUGCUGUCUGUCAACGGAGUGAGCGUUGAGGGGGAGCACCACGAGAAGGCCGUGGAGCUGCUGAAGGCCGCCCAGGGUUCGGUCAAGCUGGUGGUCCGCUAUACCCCGAAGGUCCUGGAGGAAAUGGAGGCUCGCUUUGAGAAGAUGAGGAGCGCCCGAAGACGACAGCAGCACACCAGCUACUCAUCUCUGGAGUCCAGGGGCUAGCUAAUCCAAUGCCUCCAUCCACCUCAUUGUCAAACCCUCCUGACUCUAGCAGGAGGCAAGACCGUAGAUGAGAAGCAAAAAACCAAAGUAGCCUACCAACACCUGUUACCUGAACUUCUUCAUGAAGCCAACGCUGCAGUUUAGGAUUUCUCCCCUCCCUCUUUCCCUAUUUCUUAGAUAAAUACAGAGUAAGCUUGUUGUCAGACCAUGCCUGUAAUGUCAUCUCUCCAGUGUUAAAUCAUCCUCAGCAUGCUAUUACAUAAGGGCAACACAUUCUCUGUAGUGUGUGGCUUUAAUUAGAACCUAGCGUUUAUAUUCUCAAGUCGUUUUAAUUUUGUGUUCUCAUGUAGUGUACUCCUCAGCAGGGUCCGCUGUCUGCAGUUAGACCUCAGUAGCAAGGAAAACCUGUGGAAACUGACACAGUCAUCACCUCCAUUUUUCCAUCAGAUGUCCCGGCUAGAGGGCUAGCCAUUAGCAGUAUGAAGAAUUACAUUGGAUUCAG